AAGCGGGGCCCGGCAGGGGGAUCCCGGCGGAGGAGGGAGCAGCGCGCUGAGUUCCGCAGCGGUGCGCGGAGCCGAGCGCCCCGGGCUGCCCCUCCCGCUGGUGGGGCCCGGCACUUCGGGCUCCCCGACGCUCUCGCUGCCGCCGCGGGCCUCCCCACCCCGGCCAUGCGCCCCGGGUAGCGCGCCUGGGGCGCGGCGCCCACCCGGCGGCUCCCGCCGCCCGCCCCAGCCGCCGGCAUGCUGCGCCCGCUGCUGUUCGCCGCGCUCUGCCUGGCCGGCGGGCUGGGGGCCGCCCGCGGCUGCCAGCUGCCCUCCGAGUGGAGACCCCUGAGCGAGGGCUGCCGAGCCGAGCUGGCCGAGAUCAUCGUGUACGCCAAGGUGCUGGCGCUGCACGAGGAGGUGCACGGCCUGUACAACUACCUGCCCUGGCAGUAUGAGGCCAGCGACGCGGGGCUCUUCUACUCCGCUGAGAUCGAGAUGCUGUGCGACCAGGCGUGGGGCAGCAUGCUCGAGGUGCCCGCGGGCUCCAGGCUCAACCUCACGGGCCUGGGCUACUUCUCCUGUCACUCCCACACCGUGGUCCAGGGUUACUCCUACUUCUUCUUCCUCAGGAUGGAUGAGAACUAUAACCUCUUGCCUCAUGGAGUCAAUUUCCAAGAUGCCAUCUUUCCAGACACUCAAGAGAACAGAAGGAUGUUUUCUAGCCUUUUCCAGUUUUCAAACUGUUCACAAGGGCAGCAGCUGGCGACUUUCUCCAGUGACUGGGAGGUCCAAGAAGACACUAGGCUCAUGUGUUCCUCGGUGCAGAAGGCCCUGUUUGAGGAGGAGGACCACGUCAAGAAGCUGCAGCAGAAGGUCGCUACCCUGGAGAAGCGGAACAAGCAGCUGCGGGAGCGGGUGAAGAAGGUCAAGCGGUCCCUGCGGCAGGCGCGGAAGAACGGCCGCCACCUGGAACUGCUGAACCGCAAGCUGAGCGAGAAGCUGGCGGCAGCGGCGGGCGUGCUCCCGCACAUCAACGCGCUGGGCCGCGAGCCCGCGGGUGCCCCCUACCUGCGGGGCUAGCGGGCAUGGAGCGCCGGCCUCCCCUGGUCCCAGGCGGGGCCCCUUGCAGGGAGUGGAAAGGGAGGCGGGACUGGUACACGCACGUAGCUCAAGAACCCUCGUAGAUGACGUUUUUACUCUGCAUUUGGUAGCGGCUACUGGGUUUACAGGGCAAGUCUCCUGUCUCCUUGGCUGCCCGAUUCCUGCCCUCCUGUGUGCCUGGGGCCUGACCCUGGCAUCGAGGAGCAGCUGGGAAAUGCACUUACUAGGGAAAGAACAUUUCAGAAUCUCUCUAGGGGCACAAGGACUCAAGGGGUUCGGCCUCCAUUUUCAAGGAAAGGCAGUGUGGUCCCAGUUCUGAGUGGCAGGACCACCCUGAGCUUGGAGGAGGGUUAAGAAGCAAGUGGUGGCACCUUCUGUUGUCGUUAAGACUUAAUGAGCUCAUCACAGGUCAGGGAAUGGAACUGGUAAUUGAGCAGGGUGAAUAAUACUUGCUGUCCAACAGCAGCUGCCCAGCGUCCCAGAGGACUCCCGUGGGCCACUUUAACCUAAAGGGGAACUGCCUUUAUGGGCGGCUUUGGUGACUCUAGAUAACCAUCACAGCACAUUUCUAAGUUGGAAGAGCCUGAACUUCCAACGGCUAAAUUCGAACUUACUGUUUGCUCGGUGCUUGGUUCCAACUUCUCCGAAUUUGAGGUGAGCUGACCCAACAUGCUGUGAACUUCUGUUGUGCAAAGACAUUUCUUUACCUACUGGGGCCUGGGGAUCUUGCCUUGUUACCGUCUGCGCUCUAUUCAUGAAAGGGCUUAUUGCAGACCUCCCGAUCUUGGCUUCUUUACACAAAUGCUUUCCCCCAACCUGGACUGUCCAGACAGACCCCAGCAGUAGUGCUUGUGUGUUGGCCCACUUUUCACCGCGGUAGAUUCUGUGUACGAUCACUUCACCUUCUUUGGGAAGAAACCUGUAGAGAGAGAGGUAUUGCGAAUAUCUUUUACUUACUAUUUGCAGUGCUAACACUUGAGCCCUUGACUUACCCACAUGUGAUCAGAUCCCAGGUGUGUGAUUAAGUAGUCACCCACCCCUUGGUUAUCCUCUGCUAACAAUCUUAUAAACCAACCACUUUCCCUUCCCUGCCCCGUAACCACCCCAGAUACAGGAGGGCCUGAUAAUGCCAUCCUCUCCACUGGAAAUGGUCAGAUUUCCAUCCACUGCUUUUAGAAAAAUCAUGUCCUUCUUGCUCUUGGAGACUGGGGCAUGAGCCUUGUGUCCCUUGGUGGCAGGCAAUGGCCUCAGGGGAGAAGUUGGUGCCCUGGUCUGCACAGCAGGGGGACUUCUCAAGGGCUCUUCACUGCCACGCUUCUGCCUGCACUUGAUUAGUCGUAGUCUUCACAGUCUGGUACAACAGGAGGUGCGUCUUCUGGUUGCUUCUUCCCAGGGACGUUCCAUUCUGCAGUUUCACUGCCACCCACGGGUGAUUUACAGCCAGCGUCUGGAGCACUGUGGAAGCUGGGUCUCUUCAGAUGUGUUAUGUUCUGCCUUUUCAAUAAAGAUGAGCAGUAGUUCAGCCACAGCA